UCUCUCUCUCUCUCUCUCUCUCGUUCUCCCUCUCCUCCUUCUUGUCUGCUCUCCAGUUGGGGAGGGGGCACUGCUCCUGCCGUGUCUAUUGGUAGGCAGUUACAAACGUUACUAUUUUGAGAGAGUCAGUGUAUGUGCACCGUGCGCAGCGGCAAACGAUCGAAAAAAGGGGGGUGGAAGAAGAGGCUGAGAAAGGCAGAGCGGGCUUUGGUUCAUUCUGCUGCACAUUAAACGCUGUGCAAAGAGGGGAUGAGGGAGCGCAGGGAGACUCGGACCCGCGGCUGAUGCCGAACCGUGCCGCUGAAUCCACGUAGAAGUAGAGGAAGCCAGGCUCUAAGUCAGGAGGUCGCGCGCCAAGGAGCUGUUGCAGAACCGAGCCAGAAUCUUCUUUGAUCAAAGGGUGAAAUAAGGCAAGGGGAGACAGGGAGGAGGAGGUGGUGAAGAAGGUGAAAGCGAAAAGAUGGCGAGUUUUGGGAAACUCACAGACUACUUUAAUCGCCGUAAGUCUCGAGAGGAGCUACGGGUGGGAAGAAGCUCGCGGCGCAGUGGCAGUUACUGCUGCACUGUGGCAGAGGCCAGGUCACUGGAAAGGAAGCUGCAGAGACCGAUACUGGCCAAGUCUCGUACUCUCCCCAGCAUCCCCCAGUCUCCGACCGUCUCCAGGGUCCAUCCCUCUGAUCUCAUUGGUGGGAGUCCUCCUCGCAGGAAGAACCCUCCCACUACCACCAGCCAGCCAAAGGCCUGCACUCUGCCACCUGCAGGGGAGCUGUGGCGUUUAGAGGAUGACAUGGAGGGUGACGAUGAGACCGAGCAGAGUGGCAGCACCGAGGCCCGUCCUCGAUCCCAGUCGCCCUUCUCCCACUUCCGGGCGCGAGCUGCUUAUCUCCGCAAGAGCGUGUCAGCAGAUGACCACCUGGACAUGGGCUCCGACUACUGCGCAGGGACUGCGGUCGAGGGCAAACCAGCUCGUGGCAGCAAGGGAAAGCUGAAGAGAAAGUUUAGUCUGGGCUCUGCUGACCGAAAGGAGAAUCAGCAUAAGAAGUCAGAGUCAGGAAUCUCCAAAUUUACACAUCGUCUGUCCCUCAAAGAACGUCCAGCUAAAGCAGAGAAGACGUCCUUGGACAGGCCUCUAUCGUACAGGAGACGAUCUCUUAGCGUGGAUUGGGCCGACUCUGGUAAGAUGACGCAGCCCAUGAGAGGGGACCAGGCCCACCAGCCGGCCUCAGCUCGCAAGUCAGCCAGUCUGUCCUCGCCAAGCGCAGCUCGCCGCCUAUACCGCAAUUUGUCUGGAAAGUUCCGUGUGGGCACCAACCCUCCUGCACUGGAGGACAGUGUGGUGUCAGGACGGGGAGGAGACAAGGAGAGGCUACGCAAAACCACCAUAUUCCAGAGUAAUGAAGCAUUGUUUGAGGCAGUGGAGCACCAAGAGUUGGACUUGGUGCAGCUGCUUCUGUCCCAGUACAGUUUGGAGGAGCUGGACCUCAACACUCCAAACAGCGAAGGCCUCCUGCCCCUUGACAUCGCCAUCAUGACCAACAACGUGCCCAUGGCCAAGCUUUUGUUGAGAGCCGGUGCCAAGGAGAGCCCACACUUCGUGAGUCUGGAGGGCCGAGCGGUGCAUUUGGCCACCUUGGUGCAGGAGGCUGAGCAGCGGGUUUCGGAGCUUCAGGCCCAGGUGCGGAGUGAAGGUCCCGGUGAGCGGGAGGGAUCCGACCGGGAGAGGCAGCUAAAAGCCUGGGAAUGGAGGCUCCGGCUCUUCCGACGCAUGCAGACAGGCUUUGAGCAUGCUAACCCUCCAGAUGCUCCCAGUGUUGUUCGCCUGUCUGUCAGCAGCAGCACCAGUCUAAAAGUUGACUUCCAGGAACCUCUCUGUGUCAACUCUGCUGUGGUUACCAAGUACAAAGUGAGCUGGAGUACUGCUCCUUUAUUCAGUCCUUUGCUGGGCGAGAUGAUAGUGGAUGACGCCAGUCUGCUGCAGUGCAACAUCACUGGACUCACUUCUGGGACCUACUACUAUGUCCAAGUGGCAGCCUACAACAUGAAGGGCUGGGGGCCUCCACUAGUUUCCACCCCAGCCUGCUCUGCACCUUCCAGUUGGAGGGAUAUCGAUGGCCGCGCUCCACGUCAGAGAGGCCAGAAGGAGGCACUAGACCAGCUACUGGGGCAGAUAAAGGAAGCUCACCGCCACUGUGUCUGCCAUGAACAGUGCAAAGCUCCAACACAAGGCAGGAAGCACUCCGUAUCUAAAAGCCUGCGCCACCUCUUCCAACCCACCAGCAAAUUUGUUAAAAGCUUGAAAAGAGGUCUCUAUCUGACAUCUAUAUUCUACAGAGAUGACAAUGUGUUGGUGACUCCUGAGGACCAGAUUCCUAUUGUGGAGAUUGAAGAUUCCUACUCCAGCUCACUAAUGCAGGACUUUCUCUGGUUUACCAAGGUGUCCUAUCUAUGGGAGGAGAUUUCCUGGCUCCAGCAGUGUCUCAGUCCUUCCCAGUCGUCUUGUUCGUGUACUCUCCAGACACGUCUCAAGAUGCUGCAGGCGGUUUCCCAUCUACAGGGAAUGCUGGGAACCCAGGACCUUGGUCAAGUGUAUUUUGAGCCAAUCAAAGACAAGCAUGGUAACGCCCUGCUGGUGCUCCUGAAGGACAUGAACGCCUGUCCCAACCUGGAUGGGGUACGUUGGACGCAGCUUUGUAAACUGCAGCUCCAGCGCAAGUCUAUCUCAUCCCCUGAAGAGCCCACAGCCUUGGACAUGCUCCUCAUCACACUACAUGAGAAACUGGCGUAUCACAGACGUAGCAGGAAGCUUUUGUCUCCAGGCCUUUACCUGGGCUACCUGAAGCUGUGUACAUCUGUGGAGCAGAUCAGAGCACUGGUACCACAGAAACUCCCCAACAUCCUCUGUCAUACUAAAAUCCGGGACAACUGUAACGUGUCCAGAGAGGAGUGGCAGUGGCUGCAGGCCCUCAGCUCUCUGGAGGAGUCGUUGGAAAUGGACCAUGACGUACAGAGUGCUCCCCAUCGCCUCCUACAGGACCUGCGCAGUGCCAUCAAGGACCUGAUGGCACACAUCAAUCUCCCUGGCAAUCAGGCACAAGACUUUCGUAUCUACAGCCAGGAAGUGUUGGAGUUUGGGGAGAAAGUGUCCUUCCUGCUGCUUCUUCCGCCGUCAGAUGAAGUGUGCACAGCUCCUGGUCAGAACAACCCAUACUCUCCACGCUCCGGCUUCCUCACCCUGCCCCUGCAGAUCUUUGAACUAGUCCACUUUAAUGCCUAUUGCCCCAGUUUCAUUGGCCAGUACUGCCGGGUGUCGGCUUUGCUGGAGCUGGAGUCCCUCAUGUCCCAGCAGGCACUACGUGAGGCCUUCUCUGAAGCCGAGCUCCUUGCUGCUAAGAAGAAACACCAACAGGUCCAAGAACAUAUACAGCAAAUGGAGGAGGUGUGGCGGGAUGCGAGGUGGAUUAUGGAUGCCUUGCAGUAUGCCCGCUACAAGCAGCCAACAGGAGGCAUCUCCAUAAGCUGGAUCAUUGACUUCUCCAAAGAAGUGAUGCCUGACAAGCCUCCCUCCACCUCUUCUCAGCCCGACUUCAUGCCCUCCCCCAUGCCUUCACCUGAACCCUGCCGCAAGCACUCAGAUUUUGCUGGUCUAUCAGACGAGGAGGGCUCCUCUGAAGUCUUCCUCACCACUGACAGCGACUACGAUUCCAGUCGUGCCCAGAGCCCCCGUGAGCUCGACCUGUUGCCCCCCUCGCCCCUCUCGUCCUCCGCACCCCUGGAGCCCCGUGGGUUCCUACGUAGUGAUGGGAGCGGCUCGGGAGGAGGGAUGUGCCUCGGCGGGGGCGGACGAGGAGGAGGAGCUCUGCGGGAUUCUACACCGGACGUCCUCCAGGCCUCCGAGCCGCAGCACGGCAGGGAAAGUGAAAGGUGCGGCGGAGGUGGGGGUGGAGGUCGGUGUGGAGGAGAAAGGCGAAGGGGGGCACCGGAGCUGUUUGACAGUGACUUUAUCCUACCCAGCAGGCAGAUCGAGCUGCUGCACAUCACAGAGAAGAGGCAGGCGUUCUGUGUGAGGACCAGCAGUCUGGAGUUCCCUUCCACCACGUCAGCCCACCAGCAGCCUUACCCCCACCACACUACCUGCCCCUCACCCUCCACUUCACCACAGAGAAGAUAUCACAGGCCUUCCUCAGUGGAUCGUUGUUGUUCCGCAGAGCGCUGCUUACCACAGCUCCCACCAGCACGUACGUUAUCAGAGGACAGCGGCACCCAGAGACUCUCCUCACCAUCACCUGCUGCUCUCAGGAAAGGCUGUCAUGCCACACUCAGAGUGUACCCACAGUAUCACACAGGCCUGCCCAAGGAGACCAGUGUUAAGCUUUGUGUAACUCCAGGCACAUCGGCGCAGGAGAUGGUGCAGCUGGUGGUUCAGGAGAUGAACGUUGUAUCACGGCGCAUGUUGGGUAACAGCGGAGGUAGUGAUGUACAGGAGCAGUCUGUUUACUACAGUCCUGAACAGUUGAAGCACUUUGGCCUUGUGCUGGUUGUGGACAACAGGGAAAAGUGGCUUCAGGACGACUUUUGCCCCCUUGAGCUCCAAAACCCCUGGCUAAGGGGCAAACUGUGCGUUCGCAUUAAGGAGUAUUCACCACUAGCACUCAAACACAGCCGGGCCACCACAGUGUGAUAAUUCCAGGAGAGAGAGGUGCAAAGAAAAAGUUCAUUCCAUGUCCUUUUUCGAUAAAUUGUGGAGCUGUUGCGUCGUCUCGUAAACUCUACCUUCGUCUCUCUCACUGAGGUGAUAUCGUCCUCAACUGCAGCUAUAACAUGUUGUCAUUUUUUCUGCUGUGUUCUUGUUAUCUGAACUGUUACUCUGAGAAUCUGUUUCCAUGAAAUCUGUUCUCCCGUACGUAUUCCAUCAGAGACCCUCAUAUGGACACCAAAUGAACAAUAACAAAGCGGAACAAAGAGAAAACGUUUCUUAGUGUUGUCAGAAAUCAUUGUGCAAAAGAUUGUGAUGCUGAGCCGGCUUAGUGGAGCGUCACUUUGACUUCUGGCGUGAUCGACGCCAGCACAUCGGGCCGUGCACGUUGCCAAAAUGACAUGGGCAGCACCAUCGCCUCCCUAGCCGCACACGGACACGGCUUUGACUAUGAACUCUCUCAUUGUGUCAUUCCCAAAGAGCUGUCGGCUGCAGCCGUUUGGCCCCAUGUUCCCAGGAUGUGGGCUCUGGACCCGGCCCAGAAGGCAGGAAGGAGCAGAGAAGUACAGAGGUGGCUGGCGUCUCCGCUUGGGGACGCAAUCGACCCGACGAUUUGGCCCGUCAGCCUGUCACUCAACUGCUCUUGGCCACUGUACUGUCUGGUAGCAAGCAGCCACGCAAGGAAUAGAGAGCGUGAUAGAAAGGGAGAGGGUGAGGAGGAGGAGGGUGGAGGCUGCAUGUUGUAGAACCUGGCACUAACUCUCUGGUGCUCUUUUUCUCCCUUUUGUAGCAACACGUCCUGUACAGUAGACUCAGUCGUAGUGUAGCUGACUCAUAUGACCAUCCCAUCUCGUGAUGAAACACUAAAUAAAACCAGCUAAUUUGGGUUUUCAAAACAGAGAAGAAAAAAAACAAGCAAUACUUUUUACUUUCAGUUUUUUUCUAAUUGAUGGGAAAAGCAUGUAAACCUUCCAGAAUUGUGCUGAGUACAUUUACAGUACUGUAGUCAUGCUGUGCUAAAAGUUAACCAGUUCAGUGUUUUGUUGUGUUUGGUUCAGUGGUAUUCCCAGAUGCAUCAGAAAAUGGUGCCCGUCAGUCUAGAACACGGUCUCCCAAAGGGAUUGUAGUGUGAAAGGGAUGACUCAAGUUGUUAAGAGGCCCAGUGUUUCUAAGCAAAGUUACACACUUUGUAUCCCAGACUGUCUCCUAAACUACUUCUAAAUAAGUUAUAGAUUAAAGGACUUGGUUAAAGUUACUAAAGUCUAAAUGGACUAAAUUAUAGACUUAUAUUUUAGGCCUAAUGACACAAGGGAGACUCUUGACAAACACAGCCUGCAAGGUGAGGCUCACGUGAACAACAGACGUCCAAAUGCAUCACCAGGGUUGUUAUCAAUAAUUCAUCUAGCUGUUGAAGAGGAGGGACAACAACAAAGUUCAUAACCCAACUGUCCUCAAAGAACAAGUACAGCAAAAGGAUAAGCAAAUUAAAGCUCGUUAAUCUAAGUCUAAGCUUCCUUUAAAAAAUGGCAUAAAUAUUAAAGCACAAAUAUAACUUUUAGACAGGCAGAUUUUGAAAACCACAUUUAAAGAUCACUUUGAUAUAAAUUACUGUCCAAUUUUGUCAAUGAAGUUCAAUUAUUUUUUUAUGGAAAGCUUUCAGGACAGUCUCUCACAGAGUGGAGACAGUUUCAGUCAGGGCUACAGCCAAGGACUUCCACAGGAUCUGGUUAGCUUUUCAUUUAAUAGAAAUACAAAAUAAUAAAGAGGACACAGAACAGUGCUGUUGCAGAAAAAAGACAACACAAAUCACUUUCAGAGACCUGUUUUCAAAAAAUUACAAUAUGCAUCUGAACCGCAUUCUCAGUUACAUCUGUGACAUACCACACAUGCUAAUGCUAAUCAAUAUAUCUUUGUCAUUUAUUGCAUUGCUUUCCAACUGUCAUUCCUGGUUAAGUGAGUCUCGCCUUGCAAGUCCAUCCAGAGUUUCCAGUCACACCAAUUUCUUUCUCUGCUCAGUCAGUUUUCAAUUACAAGAGUUGUAUUUUCAGAUAAACUGCCUUCAUUCUCCCUGAACUUUAAAUGAGGCCUCUCAACAAUCUAAACUUUCCUUUUUAGCCAGUUUAACAAAAACUACUACAGUUGAAACAGAGCGGUUGUUUUUUAGUGGCGUUGUUUACAACUCCACAAUUCACGUUAACAAAAAAUUUAGGCUGCUGUGUUUUAUUUAUUUUUUCAUAUGAACUAUCUUUGCAUUCCUUAUCUAAAAUGUCAGCCAGGCUCAGCAACAUCGCACCAUUGUAAUGAGCUGCAGCAUUUUCAAAUGUAGCACGAGUGGGCGAGUUCGAUAGGUGAAGUGGAUGGACCUGGCCCUCAAUUUACUGUAGCAAUCCAGGCUCACAUGAUGUUGUUGAACCUGUCAGAGGGAGCUAAAAGUGGAUUCUCUCUGAGUGUUUACAGAGUUUACUUUACUUACACCUUCAAAAAUGUGUUUACGUGUAACUACUGUACAAAUAUGGCUUAAGACAGACUGAUGUUGUAAUAAUUGGUUUUACUGAUGGCUUAAACUCUUGUGUUAGCGCUUAGAUGUCUUCUUUAUUCACAUUGUUUAAAGCCGUUUUUACGAGGGCCAUCUGCAAAAAACAAAUCACACAACCAGAAGCUGAACUAUGUACAUAGACAAACAAGACCAGAGGAUGAAUGUACUGUAUCUGCCCGAAAUGUGAAAAUAAGUGAAAGUGUGGGGAGGGGGCUGUCAUUAUUAUAGAGGUCAAAGGUGAGUGAAGUUGCAAGCUGUCGCCUCAAGUUUGUGUUGAAUGGGAAGAAGGGGGUUUAAAUUUCCUUUUCCAGUCAAAAAAAUAAAGCCCCAUGUUUACAAGGAGCUGUUGGCAGAUCCAUCAGGCAAAGUCAUGAAGGAGACAUCACGUCACUUUUUUUAAAUCUAUUUUUAUUGAACAAUAAAUGAAUAUUACAAAAUGAAA